ACCUCAACCCCACGCGACGCCGGACUAUGCAAAGCCGUACCACCAUGCCAAAGCGGCGUCUGCGCACAAUGAACUGCACUCACGUCGACAUGGAUAGGAUCUACGGGCGCGACCAGCAUUGCUUUGUUUGCGGACGCUCCCCCUCAAUUGGGUUCCUCUACGAAUGCCGGCAGGACCAUGAUGGGGAGUCACUCUACGAUAUUCUCUCACCGAAGGAGGACAGGAUUGAGGUGGUCAGGUCGACUCUGAGAGUGGAGCUGGAAGUCAUUGGACUGAGCAAGAGCGUUAUUCUGACUGCGGAGCAAGGCGACUAUACUGCAGCUCAGCUGGAACUGCUGAAGAGCCAGAAGCGAGAACUCAAGCAGAUCAUUGCAGAUACACUCCAAGCCAGCCAGAUCAACGAUGCGGUGGCAAAGCUGGCAGCGACUCCAUCAAACCAUGACGGCGCGUUGAGCAGCAAGCCGACUAUGGACACAAAGAUUCCACCGAUCUGCGCCUUCAAAGCUUGCCACACAUGUCGCCCGUACUAUCGAGAUCGCGUGUACAUCUCCUUCCAAGCCGUUCUUGCAGCCGACUUCGCGCCCAUGAAACCAAACGACACACAGCUACUCCCCACCAAGUCCGCGCAAAUCAUGCGCAACAUCGGCAACACCGUCCGUCCCUACAGCCCCACGCACCCUGCCUUACCAACCUCGUCGACGGGCUCCCCACAAACAGCAUCCACCACCUCCGAAUCAAGCGAGCUCACCUUCAAGACGACACAAACAGACCUCGACCAGAUCCGCGCCCAACGCCGUCCCCGCCGCCGCUUCUACAAGAUCGGCCACCGCUCCUCAGGCGAAAUAGCACGCGACCUCUCCCGCCUCCCCCCGUUCCUCACCCCCCAUGGCCUCAAAACAGCGAUCCAGGGCAUCUUCCGUCCGAGCAGGGAGUCGAGCUCCGAGGGCUCCAACAUCACUCUCCCGCUGCCACGAACAGGCACAGUGCGCGAUCUGCACGGCACGGAGAGCGUGGGCGAGUUCGACUUGGGGGCUUUGCGUCGGGUUCGGCGCCAGAAAGAGCGGAAUGAGAUUCGGAACGGGACGUAUGUUGGCGGGUAUGAAGAUGUGGUGAUACCUCCGGUAACUGGUGCUGCGCUCUUGGGAAUGGAGGACACGGGCACGUCUGAUUCAUCGGACUUGUCUGUUUAUUCGUGUGUUUCUGAGAGUAGCGAGGCGGAUGGCAGCGGCGAUGGUACGGAAGGCGCUGGCGAAAUACAUGCGCUUGACGUGCCUGGGAAGAAGAACGCACCGAUGACUCAUGUCGACGAAGUAAACGACGAUGAUGAAGAUGAAGAUACGGAGAUGGGGGAUGGUCUACAGAGCAUCAUGGCGCAGAGGUGAAGGCUUACAUGGGAGUUUCUGGGGUAGAACAUAUGGAGAUGGAAUAGGGAUAGGGGUAGGGCGUGAUAUCGCGCGUAUCAAGUCGGUGUUCGACACCACUUU